AUGGACUCUAAUGAAACCAGCAAUUUAGUAUCUUUUUCUACUUCUAAUGGCUAAAUAUUUACUUGGGAUUACUCAUCUGCUAUGCAACCAAAGCUAUUAGACUCAACCUACGUUUCAAAUUAUGGUUCUUUGAAAUCAAUUUAAUUUUUAACUGAUAAUACUAUUUUAAUUUUAUCUGAAAGUAAUAUUCUAGCUUUUGAUGUACUUCACUCUUAGAUCUUGUAAACUUGGAAAUUUUAGAAACCUAAUUCUAAAAUGGUGAAUAAAUUUGUUUUCUCAUUAAAUGGGUUAUCUUUUCUGUUAUAUGAUUCAUGCUUUAAUGUUCUUGAUCAAAAUUUUAAAUUAAUUUUUAAAGACUGCUCUUUAAUUUUUGACGAUGAAAUUAUUUAAGCAUAGCUAGAUGUAUCUUUCUAUUUGGUGAUACAGAAAAGAUUUAGCAUAUAGGUAUUUAAAGUAGAUCUAAAUAAUCAAUAAUUAAUUUAAAAAGGAUAUUAUUAAAGCUUGAUUUAAAUUUAAAUUUGGAAGAUUAAAAGUUUCCCUUUAAACUAUUAAAUUGAUAAUAACAUUAUUUUUGAAUUAGCCAUUUUUUUUGCUGACAAGUCUUUUAUGAUAUUUACUGAGUAAUUAAACUUAAUAAUAAAAUUUUUAAAUAUACCUCUUUCUUAGGGUAUAGAUAUUAGCUUUGUAUAUGAUGAUCCAUAUGAUAAUCUCUAUGUAAUAGGAGGACUAAGUAGCUCUAAAUCAGCCUUGAAAUACACAGCUUAUGCAGUAUUUAAAAAUUAAUCUUAAAUUUUUUAUGUUUUUGGUUAAAGUGGAUUGAAUAAAAUAUUUCCUGUCUACAAAUACCUAAAUAAUAAUAAUCAAAUUUAGUAUGGAUUUAAAUCUAGCUUAGUUUUGAGUUUUUUAACUGCAAUCUAAAAUUUCAGUUUUAAUGUUUAAAAUAAUGAUAACUUUAUGAAUUAGAUAGCUAUUUCAUAAUAGGUUUACAUGAGUACAUUUUAGAUGAUUAAGUAAUAAGAAUUUUUUACUUAUGGAGAUAGUAAUGGUUUAAUGACUAUAGAUGCUACUAAAAAAUAGUACUAUUAGAAAGUAUAUGAGUUAGACUCAAUUUUGAUAUAAAAUAAUGACUUCAUUUAAAAGGUUUAUUAAAGUUUGUAACUUCAAAAAUAUUUUAUCAUCAAAUCUAAUAUCAUGGUAUAUAAUCUAUUGACAAAUGAGUUUAUAGAAUAAAUAAACUUUGAAAAUUCUUCCAAUUCAGCUAUCAAAUUCUUCAAAAUUACAGAUUCAUAAUCAAUUAUUUGCCUGAAAGGUAAUUAACUUUUAGUUAAAAGUUAUUUGACAAACAAAGUUUAUACUUAUAGCAGUAUGUCUUAUGUUACAAGCUAUUUAUUAAAUAAUAGCCUCAUUUACUUAUAUGGAUCAAGUAUUACUAUUCUUGACCUUUAAUUGACAGAAUAUAAAAAAUUAAUUAAUGAUGCUGAUAGUUCUAAUUUUUAAUUUUGCUAGAUAAACUCUAUGGUUUUAGUUUGCAAACAAGAAUCUUCUCUAAUGAAAAUAUUUAACUAAACUGACCUCUAAGUUAUUAGCUCUUUUAAUUAGAUAUUAAUUAGCAGCUUCUACUUAUUCUAGGUUGAUGAUUAUUAACAAAUAAUAAUUUUAUUUGCUGAAAAUAUUGAAGUUUAUGAUUUCAAUGGAUAAUAUAAACUCUCCAUAUAGUCUAUAAACUAAAAUAUUAUGGAUUUGUAAAUUCAUGAUCAUGAUAUUUCUGUUCUGUUGACAUCAAGCAUAUAGAUUUUUGAUAGAAAAAGUUUCGGAUAUAGAGGAGAAAUUCAAAGCCCACAAGGAUUCAAAAUUAUUAAUUAUAGCUACAUUCCUUCAUUGAAUCAAUUAGUUUUCUCAUUAGAAUCCAUAAUUUUAGGUCAAAUAUUUACUGCCAACCUAGAUAGCCUAACGAUUUUAAUGAAAUUUACAAGUAGUUAUUCUUAGAAUCAACCAUCUAAAGCUGUAGCUUAUUAAUAUGAUAAAGAUUAAAAUCUAUUUAUAUUAUUAGAUGAAGUAGUUGAGUAUGAUAAUAAGUCUUAAUUCAAGGUUCUUGGAUUUGACUUAGAUUUUCAAAAUAAUAACUUAUUCGUUUAUACUCAAACUUAAAUUUUUCAGACAUGCUUUGGAGAUUUGAAUAAGCCUGUUAUAAAAUUUCGAACAGAUAAAAAGAAGUUUUUUUCUUAAGUUAAUUAAUAAUAAUAAUCUCAAAUUAAUAUUAUUGAUAACACUUUUAUGAUAGCAGGUGAUCAAGGUUUAUUAUAUAAAUAUUAGAAUAGUGCUUUCGAAUAUUAUUCUUAAUUUAAUGAGGAAAUUUAACAAUUGAUAUAUGAUUAAACCAGUCAAUUAUUAAUAAUAGCUCUUUCAUAAUCAUUUGUUAUUUAUUCAAAUUUCAAUAAAAUUUCUCUUGAUAUUCCAAAUACCCAGCAAAAUAAUUAUGAUACCAUUUAGUUAAACAGCCCUUUCUUAUCUUUUAUUUGCAAUAAUAUUUACAUAACUAAAGAUAUGUAAAUCUAUCACUAUGAUUUUGUUAAUAAAUAAAUUAUUCAUAACAUAUCUCUAGAUAACCCUAAUUUAUAUAUUCGAAAAUAAAUUUGCUCAAUUCAAUCUAAUUAUGUUUUCCUUGGUUUAAGUAAUGGCGAUGUAAUCAUUUAUAAUAGAUAAACAUAAUAUUAGCUGAAAAUUACUUUGGUCCAAUAAUAGCAAGGAUAAAUUUAUAAGAAUUUAUAAAUCGGAGAACUAAUUGAAACCUCAACAGAUUUAUGGGUUUGUUAUCCUAGUGGUUAUGGAAUUUUUAGGAUAAAGAUCUCAGACUUAAGUUAUUCUCAAACAUUAAAAUUUAGUAAUCUAAAAACUUUCUAGUAAUUCAAAAAUCUUUAUGUAAUGAUCUUUGAAGUUGAUCAAAAUAAAAAUAGAUUAUUCUUAAGUUUUGUAGGUGAAAGCUUACUAAGAGUAUUAGAUUUUUAAGGUAAUAUCAUUUAGUAUAUAUCUCUACCUGGUUUGAUGUAUAAUAAAUUGAAGAUAACCCAAUAUCAUCUAUUAGCUUACACAACUUUUCAUAUUAUGAUUUAUGAUAGAAAUUCUUUAGUGUAUAUCUCAAGAAUUAGAAGAAAUAAUUUUUAUGACUUUAUCGUUAAUAUUGAGGAAGUUGCUGGUUAAUAUUUACUAUUAUUAACUGAAACUAAAUAUGAGAUGUUUUAUAUUAACUAAAUGGCUUUUGAAGCUAAUUUAAUGGAUCAGAUUUAGAUUUAAAGUGCAAUAUUUAUGAGUAUUUCCUAAAAUAAUUAGUAAUAACCACUUAAUUCAUAAAGCUAUGAUUAAAUUAUGCAAGUUUUAAUGCUUUCAUAAAGUUAAGUGUAUGAAUAGAGAUAUAAUUUAAAAUUUGAAGGUAAUCUAAAAAUGGAUAAAGUUUGUACUAUAAAUAUAUCUGUUGAAUCUUUAUAAGAUAUUACCAAAAUUACUAAUGAUAUAUAAUUAGUAAAGUAUUCGGAUACUUACUAAAGAAGUAUGAUACCUUAAAAAGAUUCAAGUUUUAAUAAUAAAUGGGAUAUCUCAUUAAAAAAUACAGAUAUAAGAAAUAUUAAUUUUAAUGGUACUCUCAACAGUAUUAUUUAAGUGUAAUCUGUAUAGAUGGAGACAUGUUCAUAAAACUAAAUAUGCUAAUCUCUUCAAAUAUAUUAAGACUCAUUUUUAACUUUUACAAAGUAAAUUGUUUAAAUAAGAGAUUUCAACUUAGAUUUUUAGUAUUUCUAGGGCAAUAUUUAAUUUUUUAGAAAAUCAGAUAAAGUGAUAUUUGAUAACAUUUAGAUUUAAUACUAAAAUUUAACUUGUAUCUCAUUUUAAUUUUACAAUAUGACAUAAGUUGUUUUAAAUAAAAUUAAAAUAAUUAAUAAUUUAAGAGUACCUUCUAAUUAAAUUGGUAUUAAAAAUGAAGAUGCAUUAUUCUAUUUUGAAAAUACUUAAGAAGUUUAUUUAUACAGCUUAGUUAUUGAUAAUUAAAGUUUAUAGAAUAUUAGCUUUUAUGGUUUAAUUGGAGCUAAAAACGUAUCCUCUAUGACUAUUUUUAAUUUAGUAAUAAAAAAUUCUUAAAUUUCUGUCUUAACUAAUAUUAUAGAUGUUGGAAACCUAACUAUUAAUAAUCUUCAAAUAAUAAAUUGCUAAUCAAUAGAUUCUAAUUAGGGUAUAUAUUUAUUAAAUAUUAUAGGAGCCUUGAAUAGCAAUCUCUCAGAUAUUAUUAUUUAAAAUAACAUUAAUCUACUUUUUAUUUUUACCACUAAUGCCAUUUAAGAAAAUAAUGUUUAAAAGAAUCUUGAAAAUGAUUAGAUAAUGGCAAAGAAUAUACAAAUAGUUAAUAAUUAAAUUAAAUACUCUGAUAGAGAAUCUCUAAUAUCAAUUAAAAAUAAUUACUCUUUCUUUCUAAAUAUCAUAUACUAAUUUAAUUAAGGAAACAUAGCAUUAAGCGAAUCGUUUUAAUUAAAAAUUCAAGAUAGCUUCUUUUAAUAAAACAAAUGCUUAAAUGGAGGAGCUUUAUCAAUUUAUUCUAGUUAAGGAACAAUUUAAUUACAAAAUACAACAUUUUUUUAGAACCAAGCCUUAGCCAGUGGUGGAGCUAUUUACAUAGAAAAUACUAAUGCAAAAAUUUUUAUGGAUGAUAAGGUAUAGAUAUUACAUAACUAGGCUCUUAUUGGUGGUGGAUUAAGACUAUUCAAUAAGCAGUCAAAUUAUCCUUAAUAAUUGAGCCAAUUUUAUAAAAAUUAAAUAUUUAAUAAUAGUGCUGAAUUAUACGGUAAAAAUUUUGCAUCCUUCAUUUAAAGCGCAACUAUUGGAGUUGUUUACAACUAAACAACAGAUAAAAUAAAUGGUAAUAAUAAUGAUAAUAGCUAAUCUCAAAUAUAAUAUAACAUCAUUUUACCUGAAAAAAUGGAAAUUGCUGAUCAAAAAAAAUAUUAAAAAAUUCUCUAGAUAUUUAAAUUUUAGAGUGGAGGUGAGGUCAGCCUUUUCGUAAAGUUAAUUGAUUCAGAAGGAACAUACUUAAAUUUUUAGCUUUUAAAGUUUUAGCAGAAGUCUUAUCCUGCAUCAAUUAUAGAGGAAUUGAAUAUUAUUUAAUUUAAAAUUUAACCGAUUACUCUAGAUUAAAAUGUAGUUAUAAGCGGACAUAAUAUCAUAACAAGUUAGAAUUUUGAUGAGAAAAAUAAUUAAUUUUUAUUUAAUUAAAUUAAAAUAUCAAGCAUGCCAAACUAAACAACAUAUUUAACAAUCAAUCUUAAUACUCUUUAAAGUACAGCUAUGCUUCCAAUUUAGUUAUAGAUUUAUAUGAGAGUCUGUUUGAUUGGAGAAGUGGUUUAAGUAAUCGGAAAUAAUAUUUAUAGCUGCUAUUCAUGUCCUUCUGGGUAAUUCUCACUGACUGAUCCUACAUAAGACCAGUUUUGGCAUUAUAACAUAUCAAAAUAGAAUAUAAAUUAAUAAACUAAUAGAUAUUUAAAUAAAACAGAGUGCUAAAAAUGCCCAGACUCUACUUAUAUAUGCUAAAAUAAUACAAUUAUCCUAAAAUAAGGAUACUGGAGAAGUAAUUAAAAUUCUUCUGAAAUAAUUUAAUGCUCCUCUAUUUUUAAUGCUUGUAAUGAUGAGGAUAAAACUAGCAAAUAUGGUUGCCUUAGAGGAUAUAUAGGACCAGUUUGUAGGUCUUGUGAUAUAAAUGGAUAGGUUUGGGAUGGAGAAUAAUAUUCAUAGUCAUACUAUAAUUAAAUGAAAUGCAAUUUAUGUAGCACAAUAAAGUUUAACAUAGUAGUGAUCUCAAUGGCUAUCUCAUUGCUUAUAUUAUAUUUCUUUAUAAGUACUAGUAUUUUUAUUGAUUCCUUUACUCAUUCAUCUACUUGCUUAUAUUUAAGAAAGGUAGGUAUGAUUCCUAUUUCAAGAAACUAGAUUAAAGAUUAAUCAAGCUUCUACUUAAAAAUUCUGAACUUUUACCUAAUUUCAUGA